GGGUGGACUGCGACAUCGACGUGCCAAAGACCAUCCAGAUGGUCCGUUCUCAGCGCUCUGGGAUGGUGCAGACGGAGGCGCAGUACAGAUUCAUCUACAUGGCCGUGCAGCACUACAUAGAGACGCUGCAGAGACGCAUAGAGGAGGAGCAGAAAAGUAAGAUUAAAGGGCGCGAGUACACCAACAUUAAGUACUCUUUGUCUGACCUGACUGGAGGAGAGCAGAGUCCUUUGCCUCCUUGCACUCCUAUUCCUACUCCCACCUGCACAGAGAUGAGGGACGACAGCUCCAGAGUGUAUGAGAACGUGGGCCUGAUGCAGCAGCAGAAGAGCUACAGAUGAGAUUCACCUUUGACCCCAGUGCUCUAUCAGU